GACCAUCUUUGCCAGCUGUUAGCAAGGAACCGGUUUCUGAACUGUAGCUAUUAAUGUCAUAUCAUAGAUAAUAACAUGACUGCAAGACACUUAGCAAAACUCAAGCAUUUAAUGAUCAGUUUACUCAUGUAAUAAGCUGGAAAAUAACUUACCAGCUGGCAAAGGUGGUCUACCGGCUUGACUAGCUCAGCCUGUCAUCAAAUGGCAAUUGCGCGUUCGACUCCUGGUCACAUCAAUCCGUAACCAGGAGUCCAAGAGAGCAAAACUGCCCUUGGUUUGUGGUUGGGCGAGAUGGCAUUCUCUCUCUCUCCUAUCAAUCACAGCAACACUAGCCUAUCAUGGGUGUCUGUGAUCUCAUGCACGAGGAACAGGGUGGAUAGUGCUUUCCUCCAAGUGUGUUACACAGCCCUGUGAUGCAGCAUGAGCAGGAGCUCAAAAAGAUAUGGUUGGCUUCAUCGUCCCGCAGUUGGAAGCGGUCAUAAUUGUGCCAUAAUAGCUGGCACAAUCACUGUGUAUGUAUGUGUGUGUGUGUGUAUAUCAUUAAUAGGACAUCUAUUUUUUGAGGAAAACCAUUGACCCCCUUUAUGCAUUCGUGAAGGUGUUUUUUUUGGUUCAUGCAUUGUAGGGUUAAAUGUCAAAAACCUAAAAGGUGUCUUAUCCCUGACACCUAGAUGAACACUUUCCAGUUGGUUAUAUGACUGUCAGUCAUUCCCUUCAAAUGCUAUUGAAGUUAGAAUCGUGUUUAACAAUGGCAUAUGUAACUUUAGAGAUGGUCCCUUAAUUUCCUCAUAUCCGUGAAUAUCGAACCUACAAUAUUGAACCUACAACAUCACACCAACUUUAUUCCAGUAUGAAUAUUUCCCCCCACACAUAAGAAUGAACCGUUUUGUAAGACAUUUUGCUAAAAUGUUUGGGUUUUGUUUUUUUAAAAGUCUAUGUAUGUAGACCCCCUGUAGAUGAAAGUGAGCGCAUUAAUAUAAACCUGUGAUUUGAACUACAGCUGGAACUCCUGUCAGAGCCACACCUUCUGACCAAUCAGAUUGGAGCAUUCAGCAGCGCUGUGGUGUAAUGGUUAAUCAUCAGUAGCGGGAUACAGGCAGCCUGGGUGUUAAUCAUCACAGAAAACUAGCGAGUGUUCGACUGUAAACAGACAGAUCAAUCAACACGUCUCAAUAACACGACCGCAGUGCUAAUCAGUAGAGCAGUAAGUAGACAAGAGCUUGGAAUAAGUGCAGCACAACACCGGCUGCUUUCCGACAGUGACGUCACGCACGCCAUGUUGAAUUUUUUUUUUCUUUUUUUUUUUUUUCCGCUUUCCUUCUCAACAGCAGCCAUUAGCACGUCGCUUCGUGGUGGAUUUACACGCGCGGAAACAUGGAAAUUGACACCCUUCUUGAGGCUCUGAAAGAUUUCGAGAAGAAAGGGAAAAAGGAAGUGUCCCCGGUUUUGGACCAGUUUCUGUGCCAUGUCGCGAAGACCGGAGAGACCAUGGUCUCAUGGUUGCAGUUUAAAAGCUACUUUCUGUUCAAACUGGAGAAGGUGAUGGAGGACUUCAGAGCUUCAGCGCCAGAGCAGAGAGGACCCGCAAACCCUAACGUGGAGUCCAUCCCGUUUGAGGAGAUGAAAGAGAGGAUAUUGAAGAUCGUCAACGGAUACAACGGGAUUCCAUUCACUAUCCAGCGCUUGUGCGAGCUCCUCACAGAUCCCAAGAGGAACUACACAGGAACAGAGAAAUUUCUCAGAGGGGUUGAGAAGAAUGUGAUGGUGGUCAGUUGUGUGUAUCCCACCUCUGAGAAAAAUGGAUGCAGUGGCAUUAACAGGAUGAAUGGAGUCAUGUUGCCAGGUACCACAUCCAUAUUCACAGAAAGGAAAGUGAAUGGGCCUGGAACACCGCGGCCGAUGAACAGACUGAAAAUUUCCCCAUCUAGUUCGUUGGCCACGAAUGGUCUGCUGGACAGCACAGAAAACAAAGACUCGAACACAACUCCAGGCCACAGCAAGCCUGUUGGUGACGUGCCUACAUCAGGCCUCGGGUCUCCUUUGAAUAGCUGCAUAAAGAACAAGCAUGCAGAAGAGGAAGAAAACCCGGAGGAAGAACAGCUGGAGGUAAAGAGGCUCAAGUUCAGUGAGGAGGGAGGUGAGGAUGAGGAGGAGGAAGACACUGAAGGUGAAUCGGAUGACAAGAGCGUUCAAUCUGAGGGAGUGUCCGAUGUGUCGGAAAAUGCAGAGUCCCCAUCAUCCAUGACGCAGGAGAAUCAUGAAGGACACGAGGAAGAGCGGGAGGAUGCCAGUUCAUCGGCACCUUGUGAGGACCAAGAGCCGUCCAGUACACAAUCCGACUGUGCAGAGAGGGAAGUUCCUUCCGGGUCCGCCCAGGAACCCGUUGACAUGGACCAGUCAGAGCAGACGGCUCCCGCUUCCAGCCCUGAGAGGCAGGAGGCGGAGGAGGAGUCUAGUGAGCCUGACAGUAGCAGCAGCAGUAACGAGCUUGCCGCCUCUUCUGACUCCACCCCCAGUGGUGCAGACUCACCCACAGAGGGCAGCGUGGAGUUGGGGGAGCUAGACUUAGAAAACACAGAAGAGCCUAUGGAGCAGGAUUAAGGAGCCUCCCAAACACAGACUUUGUAGCAUAAACAACCAGCGUGUGGAGAUUUGAGAACACACUAACAGUAACAGGACGGACUCUUUAACCGGGGCCUCCAACAGCCUUUUGGUCCAGCGUCACCUACUUUUUCCAGCUUUCUUACCUGUUAUGGGUGGACACACUAUGCUGGUGUACAUAUGUGAUGGUUUUUCUUUAUUUCCUUUUUAGUUUUGUAUUGAAGUUUAUUUUUAUUCUCUUUCAAUUACACCCCCCUCACCUUAGCACCACUGAAUGCAGUUGGUCUUCAAAGGCGUUUAUCCUUCUGUUAUAGUACAGCAGAGGGAUGAUGGUCUCUCACUUCAGUUGAUAUACUUCUAUACAGGUUGUAGAUGUGUGAGGGUUCUGGAGUGUUUAGUUUUCCCUCAGGUGUGUUUUUUUUUUUUUUUUUUUUUUUUUUUUUUUUUUUUUUUUUUUUUUUAAAAGUUCAUUUACACAGACUUUAUCUCCAGAACAGUAGAAUUUCCUCUUGCUUAUGCAGUUUCUCCAAAGACACAUCACUUAUUAGAGUUUGAAGCAAAGCCCAUAAUUAUUGGCUCAUAUUCUGGGUUGUUUUUUUUUUUUUCCCUUUCCCUCCCACACAGUUUAGGUUGUCAGUUAAGGGUUGUUACAUCCGUCAGAUUGUCUGCAUAUGGACCCAUGUAGGAAGCGUGAUCAGCUAUGUAUUGUUUUAACUAUUACACAUCCCUCCCCCAUGUUGUCCUUUUCUUCCCCCCCCUUUUUUUUUUUUUAAGCUCUCGCUGUUACACCCUAGACUCUAAUAAAGGAAAGAGUUUCAUAUAAAAGGUACAUUAUACUUAAUGGAAAAAAAAUUCAAGUGAAUGAUGAUUUUUGGUUCACAACAAUAAUUUAUAUGAACAUUUCAAUUAAUCGCUCUAUUUUUGAGAAAUUUAGAUUUAUUUUUUUUUUCCUCUAAGCCAGUCUGAUCACUAGUCAGAUUGUGCUAAAACUGUUUGUGAAAGUGAGCGUGAGAGGCGCUCGUGUCUAUACAACGCUGUCUCACCAGUUACAACUGACUGCCUCUACUGCACCUGUACUGUUUUGAUAUUUAGAAUUUUUAAAUUUCUGUAGUUUUGUAGAGCAUUGUGUUCACUGCUGUUUGUGAUUCCAUAUUAUUGUAAGAUCUUUGUGUAUACUGAAUGCGUGUGCUUUCGAUGCAGUAUUCAGGUGAAGCAAUAAAUGUUCUGAUUUUAAAUGUGCAAA